CGCGGGGCAGGACGCGAGCCUCACUUUGCCCAAGGCGAGGGAGGGCGCGAGUGCACGCCAUCAUCAGCCGAGCACACUUUGACGGACAAGUUUUGAGCCCAAGUUGUCGCUGUUGUAGGUUGCGGCGGAGGUGGUGGCGGUGGUGGUGAGUUACGCGCGCGGCAGCAACGAGGAACGUCGCGCACAUGUAGACGCUUCACACUCCUCACAGCCUCUUUCUUGAAGAGUCUCCACUACAGAGGAAAGCAGAGGAGCAAGGAGGGACGCCGUGAUUCCAGUACCAAAAAGAAACGGAAAGUAGUCGAUUUGUUUUUCUUUUUGGGAAAGAAGAUGAACGCCAGCGAUGAGAACCUGCUCAAGUCCAUCAGCAACGACGCGCUCCUCGACCUGACGCAGCGCUACGGCCAGUCCGCUUUCGGCUUCGGGGCCGGCCACGGUCCCGGAACCCCCGGCCGCUUCCCGCUGACGCCGGCCGCCGACUUCCUCGCGGGACAGACGGCCAAGUCCAACGAGAGCGGCGGGGAGCACACCAGCGACGACGAGGACGGCUUUGACUCGCUGGAGUCCCGGAAAAGAAGCGCGCCCUUCGGGGACGACAAGCCCGGGGGUCCCCUGGCCAAGAAGUCCAAAGAGCAGCGAUCUUUGCGGCUCAGUAUUAACGCCCGAGAGAGGAGGAGGAUGCACGACCUGAACGACGCUCUGGACGGCCUGAGAGCCGUCAUCCCUUACGCCCACAGCCCGUCGGUGAGAAAACUCUCCAAAAUAGCAACUCUCCUCCUGGCCAAGAACUACAUCCUCAUGCAGGCUCAGGCUCUGGAGGAGAUGCGGCGGCUGGUGGCCUAUCUCAACCAGGGACAGAGCCUCACGUCACCCAUCCCCACUGCCCUGGCGCCCUUUGGUCAGGCCGCUGCCGUCUACCCUUUCUCGGGCUCGGCUCUGGCCGGCUGCGCCGAAAAGUGCUCCAACUUCUCGGGGACACCGUCGACUCUCUUCAAACAUUGUAACGACAAGCCUUGAUUUGCUCCGUGCAUGCACGCUCUUUGCCGAACUUUUUCAAUGCAUCGGCGUCGCUUUCUCUAGAGUUAUUUUUGAAAUCAUUUUGUGAGAAAAUUGUGCAUAAUUCUGAUGAAGUGAUACUGCGAUGUGAUUUAACGAACAAAGUAUUUAGGCCUCACUUUUUUACUCGCCCCUAAUACAGCCCAUUAGGCCGCAUGUUAUGACAAAAGUGAUUUAUGAAUUUGAUCCAUUCCUCGCCCAUUUGUAAUCUAUGCCCAACUCGACAAAAAUCCAGCAAAGUAUAAUGCCGUUUAACUUGGACUAUUACCGUUGAAAAAUGUUUUUAAAAGAAGAAAACUAUUUAAAUUCAAUUACUGACGCUUUGAUGUUCUGAUCAUUUUCCUCAGAAUAAUGUAACGACGACUUGUUAUUUUUCGAAGUCUUGCACAUGUCACAUGAUUGUAUUGUACAACUGUGGGGGAAAAGUCGGACGAUACUAAAAAGGCUUCUGUUCAUGGCCUGUAAUGAAAAGGGUUUUGGUUGUGUCGCUACAUAAAUUUCAUAAAAUGUUUACAUGUGUUUAUAAUUAAAAUCAUAUCUAUAUGCUCGGACUCGCUUUCAUUCAUUUUUAGCCAUCCUUUCAGCUCUUUUUUCUCCAGUAAUAAAUGCAAUCUUGAAAUGUCUGCAUUAACGAGUCAAAAAUUAUUUUUGAUUUCAAAAUAAUAAUAAAAACGAUUCUGUAAUUAAUUGACUGUCAUGUAAAUAAUUUCCCCGCGUCUCACUGUACUAGUGACUUGGCAACUUUGCUUUCUUGCAUGAGAAGCCCCGUGACAUGAAGAGAUCGGUCCAAACGAGCUCGGUGUGGCUGGUGGGGCCACUUUGGCACUCCGAGGGUCGGUGGCACUAAGGGGGGGAGAACACAAGAGACGCCCGGGGCCACCCAGGACCUGUCUCUGGGUAUUUGGCUGAUCGCAGGCUCCGAUGGCGGGCUCUUACACCCCGGACAGCAUAUUAACACGAUUUCAGCUCCUGUCUGCUUGCCCCACUUAAUGGGGACAAGGCCGGUACUCUCUUGCUCUUCUGAAUGGGGAGGGGGUUUGGUGAAAACACCUACACGGUAUAAAGACUCAUUGAAACACAUUUUCUGUGUUGUUCAGUCUCAAAUAGCACUUAAUGAAACCUGGAAGUGAUAGUUUUACAUAUAUGUAAUUCUUUAUUUUUGAACAUUUGAGCUCUAAAUUAAAUAUAUUUAUGAUAUAGUCUUUGCGACUGUUUUCCAGGCAAUUAUAAUUUAAUCCAUUGGACUAUUGUGAUUCAAUACAAGACAUUCAGUCAGAGUCAGUCUCCGUUUCUGCAAUUUAGCUGCAUGUCACAACAACAAGCCCCCCCAUGGCAUUUUAAGUUCCCCCUACUGAUGACACGUGUCUUGUCAGGGAUGUGAUGUGACAAACAUUGCCAAUGAUGCCCCGGCCCUGCAUGUCCACGUUCUACACAGAUUUAUUGUCAUAUUAGAUGGUUGCUUUUUAUUUUUUUAAUAAUUAUUUUUUAAUCAUAAAAGGGACCAUAUGUGAAAUACAAAAUAUUGUUUCCUAACUUAUAGAGCCUGGUAAUUUCAUUUUCAUUUUAGCUGGGCACGGGUUUGAUCACAUAAUAAUGAGAUCAAACAUUACAUUGGUAUUUUUUUCCAAGUUAAUUUAACGUAAUUUAACGUGUUGCAUUUGCUUGAUGAGUAUUAACAAACAAUUCCAGUCAAAAAAAUUAACUUCAAUUUUAUUUACAGGCAUC